UUUUCUAUUUGUUGUUUUUCUUAUAUAUGGCUCUGAACACGCUAUCUGGACUUCUUCUAGUAGGCUUAUAUUAUGCGACAUACAGUAUUUUUUUACGAUCAGUGUUCCCAGACUCUGUAUGCUUUGACAUUACCAAGACAGCUAAUAUUUUGGAGAAUGUUUACCUUGCACUUGUGUUCUUGGUACUAAUCCUGAGCACUUGAGUGAAACUAGACUGGUGCGAUUGGUACUUCAAAAUAGCUGCUAUCUUCAUGGGUAUAUUCUCUAUCUUAAUGACUGUCGUUGUAAUAAUCUCAGUAAUGCAAGUACAGAUAAAUGCGAAGGUGUACAUCGCCACUUUGGGACUACUCUGUACGUAUAUUUUACCAAUGCUGUUGAAUAUUCGAAAUCUGAAGUUCUUGAAUUUUUGGAAGGGUACUUUUUAUCUAUUUCUUCUGAUGCCUACUUAUAUCAAUAUCAUUAGUAUAUAUGCUGUUGCUAACACCCAUGAUGUCACUUGGGGCUCCAGAGCGCCUCCAAACUCUCAACACAAGGAAACUUCAAGAGAGAGGAAGCAGAGAGUAGAGUAUGAGAAUUUCAGAUCAAAUUGGCUAGUGUUUUGGAUUUUCCUGAAUAUUCUUGCAGGCUGGUCAGUCAUUUUUAUAUCAAGAGAGGACCAAACUGAAUAUUUGUUCUAUGUUGUAGCAGCGAUUGGAGCUAUUGUUGGAUCUAAGCUAUUCUUUUCUAUCCUGUAUAAAGUCAUGUACCUAUGAGUACACAAGAGAUUGAAAAGGAAAAUUCACAACCAGAAGAAGGAACAUGGUUAUCAAUUUGAUUUAGAAGAGAAGAAAGAAGAUAGAAGUAAUGAUUCAGCUUCCCAAAAGUUUCAUAACUUGUGGAGGACCAGCCAUGCUGGCUUUCCACCGGCUUCUUAUGAUUCAGAAGGUCAGUUAAGAGUUGAUUCGAGCGAGCCUUUAGGCUUUUUUGAAGGAAAGGUUGAUUCAGACGCAAGUGAGAAUGUAAGGGAGAGUAGUGAGGAUGGAGGGAUGAGGGAGGAGAGAAUGGGAAGAGGAGGGCUGGAUAUGCCGUUAGAGAAGGUGGAAAGGAGGAAGGAGAGGUGAGAUUUUAGGGAUGAGAGUGAAAGGAGAUGAGAGAGGGGGAUUUCAGGAGAAUUGGAAAAUCGUCAAUUUGGGCAUUCUUCAGAGGAGGAUCUGUAAUGAUGUUAUAAUCAAGCAGUAGAAGGAUUUUCUCAAGACUUAAAAUUUAUACAUUUCCAUACAAUUUUCCAUAAACCUUCUUAAACCCCUUCCUUCCAAAAGCCUUCUAAGCAUAGAUCAGAGAUCUCCCUCUACCAUUA